CUUUAUUGCCGCCGACGCGCACGUUCCGCCUGCGCCUUCCUUCCGCCGUUGAUUGCCUCUUGUGUUUCUUCUCCACGUAACCUACCCGAUCCACGCUCACACGACGUAGUCAUGGCUCUCAAGCCGCAGCAGCAGCAGCAGCAGCAGCAGCGCGGCACAUCAUCUUCGGCCCUGCUCAUCUAUCCUGCUGUGGGCGUAGCCAUCAGCGUCGCCGCGUCGGCCGCACUCUGGUGGCCCGGAGGCCUCUCCUCACAUCCCCUCUUCCAACGCACCUCCUGCCCAUUCACCCUCCCCAACUCACAACGCGCAACGCGUAACCUCCUUCCGCAGCUCGACGCCUACGUAUGCUCCGUGCGUCCCCUCUACACGCAGCUCUCCUCCACGCGCGCAGCAAAGGGCAGUAGCGCGUUGCUCCUCUCGGUGAUCCUCCCAGUACUGAUGAGGCAGGGAUAUGUAGCCACCUCCCCGAACACGCGCAGCGCCCUCCUUGGCCCCUUGGCCGUCGUGGGGGUGCACCUCCUCGCCCGAGCAGUGGGAUCGGGAGCGGCCCUUUGCUCGCUGGGUACGCUGCUUGUCACCUUGGGAUCCCUAGCACAGUCGCGCUCCGGCGGGCCAGAGAGGAUCCCUCUCGCCCCCACGCCGGCGUCGGGUGUGUACUUUUCCAACCUUUGCAUCGUCCUACUCGGAGGAGCUGCUCUGCUGCAAGGCAUCCUCUCCCCCUCUUCACCCUCGUGGUCAACAGCAAACACGCUCUAUCUCUUCUCCCCUCUCCUCCUCGCUGCGCUUUUCACCCUCGCAACCCUCUUGGCACCGCGUCGCGCCACCACAGCCAGCGAGGCGCGCAAGCAGCUCAUGGAGUACGGGGCAGAGGAAGUCGCAUACACGUAUGAGCGCACCUGGUCCUACUACCGCAAGGUCGGGUUGGCAAGCGCAGCAUUGUACUGGUACGGUCUCUCCCGUCUAGGCAAGGGGUUGUACUACCAUGCCGACGAGCAACCACUCAAAGACGGGGUGGUACGCCUCAUUCUGACGGAGUUCGCGCUCGCCUCCGUCUUCCUCCUCCUCACCAUCCUCGUCGAGCGAGCCGUACUACGGCCAAUGGAUCCCUCCACCUCGCCCUCCCCCUCUUCUGGCCAGCUGCGCGCCGACUGCCUUCGUGCCCUCUCCCUGGCUCCGGCGGGAAACCCCUCACUAGAGCAACGACGCGGCCCUCUCGCUCCCUGCCUUGCGGCGCUCAUUGGCGGGCCUGGGUUGGUUGCCAGCUUGUGGUGGAGCGGAGGGGAGGAGGAGGCCGGCUGGUUCGCUAGAAGGGCGAGGCGGGCAGAUGGGCAAGCAGACAGGCAGGGGAGAACAGAGGAAAAGAGUGAGAUGGAUGACGUGGCGAUUGGAAUUGCAUACAUGAUCCAAUUCGUGCUCGUGCGUGAAUGGUUAAGAGUAGCGACAUGACGUGGCGCGGCACGGCGGAUUAGGGCGGGGCGAGAAGGAGCAGAAGAUGAGAUGUGUGAGAGGUGGAAGCGCGGAGCGUGA